AUGAAGUUCAUUCUCGCUUGCGCUGCAAUCUUCGCCACCACUUCUCUUGCUAUGCCUACUGGUGACGAUGUCCACGUUGCUCGCGAGGACGAUUCUACUGUGUGCGAAAGCCACCAGACUGUCGUCUGCAGUAAUAACGGCAAUGGCGGUCUUCUAUCCCUGGGCAACCUUCUCAACGGUUUGUUGGGCGAGAGUUGUUCCGGUGGCGACGUCUACUGCUGCUCGCAGAGUGAUGUUGAGCAGGUCGGUUUAAUCAACCUGGAUCUCAAUCUACAGUGCAGUCUGAAUCACCUGCUCUAA